GAAAAUCUUCGUAGGAGAGGGAUGGGAAAGCAUAUUGAGAUGGACCUGAAGUGGAAUCCUGGCAGAGUUUCUCGUCCAGCCUCAGCUGCAGUCCGGGUGACUGAUUUGAGUUGGCGAGGCAACCUAAAUCCCAGUCCGCUGAUUAAAGACGAUGGAGAGCUACUUAUGGAUGAAUACCUUUCCCCCAGGAAACUGAAAGCUUUGACAGGGGUAGAUGAUCUGCAGCGAGUGAAGGCCCUAGAGAUGCGAGUAGAUACAAGAGAGAACAGCUUGGGAAACUUUGGUGCCUAUCUACCUAAUCUGAGAGAGCUGAAGUUGAACAAUAGCUUGCUUGUGUCUGUGAGGGAUCUUGGAACCACGUUGUCCCAUCUCCACAUCCUGUGGAUGGCUUGCUGUGGGCUCUCAGAUUUAGAUGGGAUCUCUUCCUUCAGUUCUCUAAAAGAGCUCUACAUAGCCUACAACAAUAUCUCUGACCUCAGCCAGCUGACCUGGUUGGAUCACCUUGAGGUUUUGGACCUGGAAGGGAACAAUAUUGAGGACAUCAACCAGAUGCGGUACCUGGGACUUUGUUGCAAGCUGAGCCGCCUGACAGUGGUGGGCAACCUUAUUUGUCUGAAGCCAAAUGCAGAAUCUGCAGAGGAACCAGAUUAUAAUUACAGAGCUGAAGUAAAAAAACUCAUUCCCCACUUGGAGUAUUUGGAUGAAAUACCAGCAAGCCAGACUGCUCUCCUUCCUUCCAAGAAGAUGCAUGACGAUUGGCUAAUCAUCAAGGAAUCCAUCAAGGAAGGUGGUUUAGCUGGAGACAUUUCAUGGUUAGAUCCAUAUCUUGGGGCGGUAGCAAGGCAGUCUGCAUGCGGCCCGAGACCCCCGACGACUUCCAGACCUGGAACUGCGCAGUGGUCUGCUAAUGCAGGGAGAUCUGGCACCGCCCGCCUGUUGUACGGUGGCUGUCCUCUUCCAGAUCCCACCGUGUCUGAUGAGCUGUUCCCAGAAGAUGACUCCAGCGAUUUGACACAUGGACUCAGUCAAGUUAUAUGUGGGAACCCCACCAAAGCCCUUCGUGCAAGGAGGCAAAAGCUAGGUCCCCCGGCAGUGAGCCCUUUGCAGCUCUGCAGUCUGAGGACAGAAAACCUUUACGGCUCUGGAGGAGGAGGAGGAGGAGAUCCGCACUGGGAAGACGCGUUCUCUGAACCAAGAGCGCGGAGAGAGCAGCACAAGCGGUGCCUGCAAACAGAGCAGCAAGGAAAAGCCGCCCAAGCACUGAAGAUGACUCUUAGUGAUGAGGAAGAGGGUGAAGACUGCAGCCUGACUGACAGCUGUGAAGAUGAGUUGAGGGAGACCUGUGAUGAGGACCUCAUUGAAAGGAUUUCUCUUGAUUCUUCUUGCCACUCCUGUCUCUCCCAGUCUUCCUCAGGUUCAUCACAGGCUCAGGAAGGUGCAGUGUUCUCCAAGCUGAACCGUUGUCUAAUUCCAUCCCCUCCAAAAAGCCCUUCACCUGCAUCUGUAACGGGUGUUGCAGCAAGACCCUGGAAAAUGAGGAACCACAGGGUAAGAUGCCUAAAAAUACCCAGUCAAGAGGAGGACAGGCCGUGGACACAGCAAUGCCAGUCAAGGGCUCAUCAAGAAACUUCAGCCCAGCCUCUGGCCAAGGAACUUGCUCUCCUGAGCCAGCACAGCGCGCCGGCUGCCUCCAGAUCCCGAGGGCAGUGCCAGACUUCUGGGAGCACCGGCCAGCAAAGGCCUAUUUCAGGAGCAGCAGCUGUUGGAUCAACAAGCAUCAGGCCCAUCACGGAUGAGAGUCCUCCUGGAGAGAUCAACCACCACCAGACAGCUGUCUGCUCAUCCACAAAAGCCUCGGAGAAGUUUGGGCUGAUGAACGCCGCUUGGCCCCUGACUGCCAGGGCCAUCCUGCCGUCGUUGCCGGACAGACCCACUGCCUCAACAACACCUCAGGACAAAAAUCCCCAGUCCUAGAAGAUACCCAGGUGGCAGUGUGUGUUGGAGCCAUGUACGCAGCACGAUCUUGAAGGAUCGAUGCUGUCUUUCAGCUUUUUCCGCCAGCUAAACGCAGAGCUGUGCAAGUAGAGCAGUUCAAACAAAUGACAUGAUUUGCCUCAAUUAAGGCUACAGCUGGUCCAGAAAUGCUUUCUUUAAAGAGCACCCGCUGAUCAACAGAAGAGCUAAUCAACCUCUUAUUACAGAAAAACAUGGUUAUUUUUGCAGCCAUCAUGCACUAAAGCAGAACAAGUCCUAACGUAUUUCCUCUCCUCCACGCCAUGCCCAGCUCUGCGAGUCACGCAGGGACACUGAGCCAAGCAGAGCGUGGAGCCUGCGGGUUGCGGAGCGGGCUGGAGGAGAGGAGGGACACAGGGCAUUCCCCCUCACGCUCAGCCGCCUGACCUAACAGCAGCCCCGCGGCGUAUCUUUUGCAGUCCUGGAUGUUUAACGUGCAAGGGACGAAGCCAAGGGCUUGAGAGGAAGCAUUGAGCAGAGCGGGUUGUAAGGGAGGGGUGCGUUGCCCGAGGGAGAGCCCAGGACGGCUGGGUGCUUUCGGAGCUGAUGCCCCCGCAGGAGCUCACCCCAUUCACAGGCAUCCGAGGUUCUUGUUGCUUGCAUCGCCAUGGGAGUGAAUGCUGACCAAGUGGCUCAUCCCAAUAUUAACGUGUUUGUUUGCUCUGUAGCUACCUGGAAGGAUUUCUGUCACUUCCGAUGGAUAGACAUUGCGUCCCGGAAUUUCAUGAGCAGAGCUGACCUCCGUGAGCAGGUGUCAGAGCAUCCCCCGCGUGUGCCUUUAAAGUCCCACCUCUAGUUUUUUUAGCUCAAAUAGACUUUCCAAUUGCAUAUGACAAGGCAGGGAUGUAAGGGAAUAAUGUCUUGUUUUUUCAAUAGGGCAUUUGCUUUAUAUUCGGGAGAGAUUCAGAACAUCUGUUUUAGAAACUGCAGACUGUGAGAUGCUGAUCCAAACGACUGCGCCUUACAACUUUAUUGAUGUAUGCAGUCCGAAACCAAGUGUCAUCACAUUUUUUUCCAGUGUAAGCUACUGUGUUAGAUAUAUGUUUUUAAAUCAGUUGAUAAAACAGUAAUUACA